AGCACCAUGGCAGCCACCACAAGUGACAAAAGCAAACGACCUUCUCCGGCCGUCCUUACCGUUGCACUGCGGACAAAGUAUGAUCUGCGUCGUUCGUUGGCGGGCGCCAAAUGGGACGAGGGCCUAGAGUACGUACAGUAUCUGCACGAAACGAAACCGAUUACACCGAAAUGUCCACCGACAAAGGAUGAACUGAUCGCGUCCGGUGUGUUGCCGGCGGAUGGAGCACAAGACAUGACAACCGGCGCGGUAGAUCCGGAAGCGUUGUUCGAUGAGUUGUUCGAAGUUGACAUCGACUAUCUGAAGAGUUUGGAUCCGAAGGAUUGGAAAAAUCAGGAUCACUACGCCGUACUUGGGCUGAAGAAGAUGCGGUUUGAGGCAACCGAUGAGGACAUUAAGCGUGCAUACCGUAAGAUAGUGUUGAAGCACCAUCCAGACAAACGGAAAGCGCUGGGUGAAAAUGUAAAGCAGGAUGACGAUUACUUCCAUUGCAUCACGAUGGCGUACGAAACGCUGGGCACGCUGAAGAACCGUCGCGCCUUCGACUCGAUCGAUCCUGAAUUUGACGAUGCACUUCCGUCCCAAUCCGAGGUUGAGAAAGACUUCUUCGGCUCGCUGCGUGACGUGUUUCGGCGCAACGCACGUUGGAACGAAUCACGCAAAGCGGCACCGCAGCUCGGCGACGACAGUACGCCCCGCGAGGCGGUGGAACACUUUUACGACUUUUGGUACAACUUUCAGAGUUGGCGUGAGUUUAGCUAUCUCGACGAGGAGGAUAAGGAAAAGGGCCAGGACCGGGAGGAACGUCGUUGGAUCGAAAAACAGAACAAAGCAAUCCGGUUGAAGCGCAAGAAGGAAGAAUCGGCACGCAUCCGUUCGUUGGUCGAUUUGGCGUACAAUAACGAUCCGCGUGUGGUUCGGUUUAAGCGCGAAGAAAAGGAACGCAAACUGGCAGCUAAGCGUGCCAAACAGAACGCCUACCAGGUACAGAAGGCGGAGGAGGAACGUGCAGCGAAAGAGGCUGCCGAAGCGAAACAGCGCGCAGAAGAAGCGGAACAGAAGCGUAUCGAGCAGAUACAGAUCGAGCGCGAGCGGACCAAGCGUAUACUGAAGAAGGAGCGGAAGCUUUUGCGUGAUACGGCCAAGGGAAAGGAUUACUACGCAGCGAACGAUAAGGAGCGGCUUAAGCAUCUGGAAGGACUGGAGAAGCUGAUCGAAUCGUUCAAGCUGCUCGAGCUGCAAGAGUUCAACAAGGAGCUGGCAGCGGGAGGUCGUGACGUGUUUGUCAAAGCGCUCGGUGAGCUAGAGGCUAAGCUGGAGCAGGAACGGAUGGCCUCCCAGCAGACGGCACAGAUACCGAACAAUGCCGGGCUGAAGGUGGUCAACCGGAAGGCCAUGUGGACGCACGAUAACGUGCAGCUGCUGAUUAAGGCGGUGAAUCUGUUCCCGGCUGGCACGAUCUCCCGCUGGGAGGUGAUAGCAAACUAUCUGAACCAGCACGGUACUGAGCUGGGUGAUAUGCGGUUCUACGCGAAGGACGCACUGAACAAGGCGAAAGAGCUACAGGCGGGUGAUUUCUCCAAGAGUGACCUUAAGACGGUAGUUAACCAGCAGGCGUACGAAUCGUUCGAGCGCAGCAAAAAGGAUCUCAAGAUCAUCGACAACUCCGAGAUCAGCAUGAAGGAAUCGUCGGAUGCGGCGGCGGCCAAAGAGAAGGCUCAACAAAAUGGCGGUAAGGCUAAGUCACCAGCACAGGUGGCCGCCACGGUCGUGGUCGAGAAGAAAGCGGGGAUCGCUGCCCCAGUGGUAAAUGGAGGCACUAAAGGACACGAAGUAGAGAAUGGUGCAGCCGAGGGCAAGGAAAAUCGCAGCAGCAAGCAACCGAAACAACAACAGGCUGUGAAAGAGGAUAAACCGCUGCUGGUGAACGGAACGACGACGGACGAUAGCAAUAAUAAACUUAACGCUACUACUACUACUGCUGCCGCAGCAACGGAAGGAAAAGUGAAGCCAGCGACCACGGCCAAAAAGGAGAAGGAAGCCAACCGGGUCUGGAGCAAGGAGGAACAGGCGCUGCUCGAGCAGGCGAUCAAGACGUACCCGGUGUCAUGCGGUCCGGACCGCUGGGACAGGAUAGCGGAGUGUAUACCGAACAGGACGAAAAAGGAUUGCAUGCGGCGCGUCAAGGAGCUAGUAGAUCUGGUUAACGCGAAGCGCGAGGCACAACAGAGCGUCAAGUAGAGGUGGAGUGGAUGGGUGGCGAGCAGGAGGAAGAGCUUGUGUAACAUCUUCCCGCUUCCAACAAUAGCAACGCCGCGUCGAACAGACUGUGUACAUACUGCUAAUAAUAUCUGGUUCUACCCUAGCAACACUAACAUAAACCACCACAACACACAACACACACCUUCAUACCAGAGCACAGAGAGACAGAGAGGACAAACGGAAAUACAUCUAUUCUUAUUAAAAAUUAUGACCAACAGAAGAAAA